GUGUGUCAUCAUUGUAAUGGCAGCCUCCUUUGAACAUUAAACACAAGGAACAACAGUUUUACCAGUAGUUUACAAUUCAGUACUCGCUUAGUUAAGGUAACAGACACUGCUAUGUCCCCAAAGAUCACAGUGGAGUUGCUUAGGCAGCUCCGGCAGGCCAUGAGGAACAGCAAGUACAUCACUGAGCCCAUUCAGGCUUACAUCAUCCCAUCAGGAGAUGCACAUCAGAGUGAAUAUAUCGCACCCUGUGACUGCCGCCGUGAAUUCAUCUGUGGAUUCAACGGCUCUGCAGGUACUGCUAUUGUCACAGAGCAGCAUGCAGCUUUAUGGACAGAUGGGAGGUACUUCCUGCAGGCCAGCCAACAGAUGGACAAUAACUGGACUCUGAUGAAAAUGGGACUGAAGGAAACACCAUCCCAGGAAGACUGGCUCAUUAGCAUUCUCCCAGAAAACUCUAAAGUGGGAGUUGAUCCGUGGAUCAUUGCUGCUGAUCAGUGGAAGAACAUGUCCAAUGCUCUGAGCAGUGCGGGUCACUCUUUGGUUGCGGUGCAGGACAACCUGAUUGAUGCCAUCUGGGUGGAUCGGCCACACAGACCCAGUACCAAACUUAUUACCCUGGGACUCAAAUAUACCGGUCUCACUUGGCAAGAUAAAAUUCUGGCUUUGAGAGGAAAAAUGGCAGAAAGGAAGAUUUUCUGGUUUGUGGUCACAGCCCUUGAUGAGACUGCAUGGCUUUUUAACCUGCGUGGUUCAGAUAUUGAGUACAACCCUGUGUUUUUCGCCUACGCCAUCAUCGGCAUGAGCAGCAUAAAACUGUUUGUGGACAGUAAGCGUUUGUUGGACCCUGCUGUCCGGGAGCAUUUGGAACUGGACAGGCCGAGUAAGCCGGAGCUGACCAUACAGUGUUUUCCAUACGAGUCUGUGUACACUGAGCUCCAGGCAGUUUGUGCAGCGCUGGCACCCAAAGAGAAGAUGUGGAUCUGUGACAAGGCCAGCUGUGCUCUCACACAAGUCAUACCCAAGGCCCACAGAUCUGCAAUCCCUUACACACCCUUAUGUCUGGCUAAAGCCGUCAAGAACCCCACAGAGAUUCAGGGCAUGAAGAUGGCACAUAUCAAAGAUGCUGUGGCACUGUGUGAACUGUUUGCCUGGUUGGAGAAAGAGAUUUCUAAAGGGACGGUCACUGAGAUCUCAGUGGCAGAUAAAGCAGAAGAAUUAAGAAGUCAACAAAAAGACUUUGUUGGGCUUAGUUUUCCAACCAUCUCUAGUGUGGGACCAAAUGGGGCCAUCAUACAUUACAGACCUCUCCCAGAAACCAACAGGACUCUUUCUCUUAAUGAAGUGUAUCUGAUCGACUCUGGGGCUCAGUUCAUGGAUGGCACCACAGAUGUGACCCGUACAGUGCACUUUGGGACUCCCUCUGACUACGAGAAGGAAUGCUUUACGUAUGUCCUAAAGGGACACAUUGCUGUCAGUGCUGCAGUGUUUCCCAAUGGAACCAAAGGUCACCUGCUGGACUCUUUUGCACGUGCGGCUCUCUGGGAUUCUGGGCUGGACUAUCUUCACGGUACCGGUCAUGGUGUAGGAUGCUUUCUUAAUGUGCACGAGGGUCCUUGUGGCAUCAGCUACAAAACAUUUGCAGACGAACCGCUGGAGGCUGGAAUGAUUGUCAGCGAUGAGCCUGGAUACUAUGAGGAUGGAUCCUUUGGCAUUCGGAUAGAAAACGUUGUCGUGGUCGUUCCCGCAAAAACCAAAUAUAACUACAGGAACAAAGGCAGUCUCACAUUUGAACCCCUCACCCUCGUCCCCAUUCAGCUGAAAAUGAUCAACACAGAUCUGCUCACACAGAAAGAGCGUGAUUGGGUGAAUGACUACCACAGGAAAUGCCGGGAAACAGUUGGGGUGGAGCUAGAGCGACAGGGCAGGAAGGACGGUCUGGAUUGGCUGAUCCGGGAAACUCAGCCGAUUGUCUGAUUAUUUGAACCAGUCACCUUUGAAAUGAUCGCCCAGUCAUUUUCUCUCAGUCCUGCUCUCUAUCUGCUUUUCUAUUGGAUACAUUUCACUUUCUGCUUCUUUUGUAAAGAACGCUCUCACCAGCUGUUUUAUGAUGUAAUUAAACUGAGCUGAAAAAAAUAUGCUUUUGUUGUCUUCUGCUGAUAUCCAUAAAUCUAAAGAAGUAUGGUGAAAAUUUGAUCAUUAUUUAAUCUCAUUUAAUUCUUUCUUCUAUGGAACCUAAUGUGUUUCCAGGAAACUCUAGAGCUGCAUAUAAAAAAUGGGCGUGUCCUGGUCGAUGCCACUCUUGGGGCCAUUGGCGUAGUCCUGCAGUGUGAGUGGAGUGUGUGUCGCUGGUGUUUGAGGGGGGGUGUUGUCCUUGUGUCCCACAGGUAGAGGGUUGCUGUAAAUGUAAUAGAUCUGUGAGUUGUCCUUCGGUCCCUCUUGUCUCCUGAACAUGGUGAGUGGGUU